CAGAGUCUGGAGGGGGAGCCAGAGCCUAGAGACUGUGGGGCGAGCAGGUGACGGCUGGGGCGGAGAUCCCCCCCACCCCCGGGGGCACAGCAUGUCCCGGAGCCCCGCUGCAGGCUGGCACUGGGCGACCUGAGCAGCGGGAUGAGGAGCCGCCCGCUGGGGAAGGUGCUGCGGAGGCGGUUCGGGCUGCUGCUGGCCCUCGGGGUGCUGAUCGUGGGGCUCUGGGCCGCCUACCUGGAGCUGGUGGCGUCGGCGGAGGCCGGCGGGCACCCCCUGAACCACAGAUAUGGGAGCUGGAGGGAACUGGCUAAAGCCCUGGCAAACAGGAACAUCCCUGCUGUAGACCCAAACCUUCAGUUUUACUAUCCUCAGAAGCCAGUACACCAGAACCAAGAGCAGCAAAGAAGUGUGAGGAAUAGGUCUGUUUAUCCAGCCGGGGAAAUCUCCGUCCCUUGGAUCCCAGAGUUCCAGGGUCAAGUCAAUCUCCAUGUGUUUGAGGACUGGUGUGGCAGCUCCAUCGAGCAGCUCAGAAGAAACCUCCACUUCCCACUGUACCCCCAUACACGAACCACACUGAAGAAACUGGCAGCGUCACCAAAAUGGACAAACUAUGGGCUCCGUCUCUUCGGUUAUUUGCAUCCUUUCGCUGAUGGGGACUUUGAGUUUGCUAUUGCUGCAGAUGACAAUGCUGAGUUCUGGCUGAGUCCAGAUGAAAAGACCUCUGGUCUCCAGCUGCUGGCCAGUGUAGGCAAGACUGGCAAGGAGUGGACUGCACCAGGGGAAUUUGGGAAAUUCCGGAGCCAGCAAUCAAAGCCUGUGAGAUUAUCAGCUUCAGGCAGGUACUACUUUGAAGUGCUUCACAAACAGGAUGACAGAGGAACAGACCAUGUGGAAGUAGCAUGGAGACUGAGUGACCCAGAAACUAAGUUCACAGUCAUAGACUCCCAGUUCCUCUCCCUUUUUGCUAAUGAGACUCUCUUCAAAAUGGAUGAGGUUGAUCAUAUCCCACAGACAUUGGCCACCCAUGCAAGCCCAACUAUAGCCAAUCUGGGCAACCUGGUACACCCAGCUGACAUGCUGAAGCCCGACUCUCGAGACACUAUUUAUAAAGUGCCUUUGAUUAGUAAGUCACGCCUGCGCAGGACCCUACCAGACUGCCCUUACAAGCCCAGUUACCUAGUGAAUGGAUUCCCACUGCAGCGCUAUCAGGGACUCCAGUUUGUUCAUUUGUCCUUUGUUUACCCAAAUGAUUAUAGCCGCUUGAGCUACAUGGAGACAGACAACAAAUGUUUCUACCAGGAGAGCCACUAUUACCUGGAGAGGUUUGGAUUCUAUAAGUAUAUGAAAAUCGACCAUCCAGAGAGGAGAAAUCUGGAGUCUGGGGAGAAAACCAAGCAGCCAGGCUCUGAGGAUGGGAAUCCUGAUGAGUUUCAGUACACAGAUCAGGAUGCAGAGAGCAGCAAUCCCACAAGGAAACCCAGCAAGUGGGGAGCAGAGCUGGUGAGAGUCGAGGCAAACUCCACAAUGAUAGCAGGCUAUGAUGACAUUUACAAUGACUAUUCCCUCCCGGGGCGUCGGAAGCUCCUCUCGCUCAUAGAUGGUAAGGUGAGAGAGGUGCUGCAGAAGACAGGAGGAAAAAUGCCCCUCAUCAAGCCAACUCACAGGACUUCAGCCAACCAGAGCAUCAAUCAAACUGGUCUAGAAAGAAGCCUACCAGUGAGGAGGCCCCAUCUAAAAAUCAAGGUCAAGGACAGUUCCAGAAACUCUCCUCGUCAUGUUAGGGGCAUCCAUAGGAAGUCACUGCCCAAGAGGAGAGUGGGAGGCCAGGACCCUCUUUCUAGCACAAGAUCUCACGAGCCCUGGGAACAUAUACCCAGCAAUUCCAGGAACUCCACUGACAGGAUUCCAGAGGAGGGGAGGCCUCUUCAGACAGACCUCAAUGCAACCAGCACCAACGACCAGCCAGCAGGCAACAUGCAAGCAAGGAGACGAAGUCCAGUCUCUGGCAAAAUAAGUAGUAGAGCUGUGAGUGCUGCCAGCCUCAGCAAGCAGACCCUUUACCAGGCCCAGUGGCUAAACCAGGUGGAGUCGUACAUUGCCGAGCAGAAGGCAGCUGACGGCAUCGAGGUAGAUGUGGAAAGGGAGCAGGUGGAAUCUCAGCCUGAGCCUGCUGUGCCAGCAGUGGAAGAGGAGGAGAAAGAGGUGGAAGGAGAAGCAGAGUGGGAGAAGGAGGAAUUUGAGUACAUACCAUUUGACCAGGUAGUGAACUGGGAACAGACCUUCAGCGCAAGCAACUUGGACUUCCAUGCACUGCGGACAGACUGGAUCGACCUGAAGUGCAACACAUCGGGGAACCUGCUGUUGAAAGAGAGGGAGGCCCUGGAGGUCACACGUGUCUUCCUGAAGAAACUCAACCAGAGAAACAAAGGGAGAUUCCACCUGCAGCGCGUAGUGAAUGUGGAGAAGCGUCAAGACCGCCUGCGUGGGAGCCGCUACCUGCUAGAGCUGGAGCUGCUGGAGAGGGGAGGGCAACUUGUGCGCUUUUCAGAGUAUGUCUUUGCACGAGGCUGGCAAGGCAUCAACAGCGACAAGCAGGAGGAGAUGAACAUGAAGAACCUGGCAUGGGGCCGCCGGCGCCAACUGAUGGGAGUUGCAAAGGAGCCAGACCUGUGCUGGCCACUGGGCUUCUCCUGGAACCAUCAUGCUGUUGUCCACUUCAUAGUGCCAGUGAAAAACCAGGCACGCUGGGUGCUGCAGUUCAUUUCUGACAUGGAGGAACUGUCUAGAGUCACCAAGGACCCAUACUUCAAUGUCAUCAUCACAGACUACAGCAGUGAUGACAUGGAUGUAGAGAAGGCUCUGAAAAGGUCCAGCUUACGCAGUUACCAGUACUUGAAGCUGACGGGGAAUUUUGAGCGCUCUGCAGGGCUGCAGGCUGGGAUCGACCUAGUGAAGGAUCCACAUAGUAUCAUCUUCCUGUGUGAUCUCCACAUCCACUUCCCAGCUGGGGUCAUCGACUCGAUUCGGAAGCACUGCGUAGAGGGCAAGAUGGCCUUUGCACCCAUGGUUAUGAGGUUGCAGUGUGGCGCAUCUCCACAAUGGCCUGAGGGCUAUUGGGAGGUGAAUGGAUUUGGUCUCCUAGGCAUAUACAAGUCUGACCUGGAUCAGAUUGGAGGGAUGAACACCAAAGAGUUCCGGGAUCGCUGGGGAGGAGAGGACUGGGAACUCGUGGACAGGAUCAUGCAGGCUGGCCUGGAAGUGGAACGACUGUCCCUGAGAAACUUCUUUCACCGAUUUCACUCCAAGCGGGGCAUGUGGAACCGACAACAGCUGAGGACACUGUAAUGUUCGGCCACAAAGCUGCCUGGCAGAGCCAGCUCCCCUUAUAUCAGUGCAUGCACCUCGUCUAGGCAUGUAGCCGAGAGUACACACUCCUCCUCUCUCCAGAGUCAUCCUAGGAGAUCAGACUUACAGGUGCUUGUGAAAAGGGAUGAUCAGUAUAUAGGAGUGGGAACUUAUCUUUGGCACUCGUGAGCCGUUGGGUCUCAGACAUGGGGAUCGGUGACUUGCUCUGUAUUUGAGGGAGCCUUAGACAAGCAAAGGACUCGUUACCCCUGACACUGAUGCACCUAGAGCCCCUGACGGAUGGUACGAUAGAAGUGGUGGCAAGCUGUCUGGAGUGUCUUGCAUGGUGCAAAUUUAAGAAAAGGAACAAAUCCCCAUUACAACCAGAAUGGAUUAUUUACAAUAAAGCUGCUGCUUCUUUUGAUACUUGAAAAACUCUAACACCCAUGUCUUUGGACAGGGGACCAAAGGAACUUCUCUGAACUGUGUUGUGUCCUCAUCCC